UUAAGCCAAUAAAAAAGAGAGCGUUUUUUAGGGUUUCCAAUCGGAAUUUAAACCCAAAACGUAGCUUUAGAAUCCCUGUUUGUGUCGUCGGGAACAAACGUACCUAGGGUUUGUGCAUCGUUUUUCUCCAUGGACGGUGGUUCCGUGAUUGGUCGGUCACUGAUAAAGCAGCUAGCUUGCUGUGACAAGUCGAUAAGGGAGAAGGCUCUUCGACUUCUCAUGAAGUCAUGGCUUCCCUCUCAGUCCCAUCAGCUCCCCGACGACGACAUCAAGAAGCUCUGGAAGGGUCUCUUCUACUGCGUCUGGCACGCCGAUAAGCCUGUCUUUCAGGCUGAACUCAUCGAUCGACUCUCCUCGCUCCUCUUGGCCGUCGAUCUCAGCCUCUCCGUUCAGUACUUCUCCACCUUCUUGCUCACAAUGCGCCGUGAGUGGUCCGGGAUCGACGCCCUCAGGUUAGACAAGUUCUAUCUUCUCAUUCGGAGGUUUAUUUCCAAGUUCUUUUCUCUUCUCAAGAAGAAUUCGUGGGAUUUGGAACUCGCCCAGCGACUCAUGGAUGUUUUAGAUGAGGCCACUUUCUCUGCUGAAGAUAAGUUGCAGGGAAAUGGUGUUAAUUACCACAUUGCCACUGUUUUUAUCGAAGAACUUAGGCCUUUCCUUCCCCUUAAUCUUAAAUCGGAGCUACUUGAGGUGCUUUUCAAGCCUUUUUUCUCUGCUAUGGGCAAGUUGCCUGAUAAGGUCUUGUUUGGGAAGAUUAAGUCUGGUUUGUUUGAUGUGCUUCUGAAAAUGGGGAAGAGGUUGUUGGAGGUUAAGAAGGCUGGGGGUGAGGUUGAUUCUGGUGAUGAUGUUGUUGUUCUUGGAACUAUUGCAUUGGUUAUGGGGUUUUCUAGUAAGUUUUAUGAGCUUGGUUCUUCUCCUGAGUGCUGUCAGGGGAAUAGGAAGAUGUUGUUUGGGCUUCAUGAGGAGUUUUUGAAGCUUGAGAAGGAUGCAGAGUCUUCUGGGUUUGAGUUCUCGUUCUCCUUUCCUGAUUUUGGUGAUCAGGAUGAAGAUGAAGUGCCGAGUUUGGUUCCCAUUGCGAAUGGCAUGGAGGUAGAUGCUUUUGAAGGUGGUUUAGGACCUGCUGAGGUUGUUGCUAAUGGUAAGAUGUUGAAGAAAUGCAAGAAGGAUAAAAAAGACUCUGUUGAUGGUGGCAAGAAGGCGAAGAAGAAGAAGAAGAAUAAGAAGAAGAAGAGUGAUGCAUCUGAUUUGUUUUCCGAGAAGAACACUGCUGAGAAUGAAAAUGAAAAUAUAGGCAGUGAAAACGGUGGAAGCUCAAAUGAUGAACAAGUUAAUAACGAGGGCACCAUAUCAUUGAACGAAACUGUGAUUUCGAAUCUCCAAAAGCAGUUCGAGAAGGUUGCUGCCGAAGCAGGUUUGGAGGAUGGAGUUGCAAGUGUAUGUGAUACACCUGAAGCUACAUCUACCGGAACUGUAUCUAAGAAGAGAAAGAGAACAAAGAAUUUAAUAGGAAAGGCAUCUCAGGAUUCUGAUUUGAAUGGUGGGGAUGAUGAAGACACUGCAGUAGCAGAGAGUGGGGAGAAAAGUACAAAGAAGGUAAGAUUUUCCAUGAAAAAUAACUUGGUUUGGAAGCCACAGAGUCCUUUACCUCCUCAGAGCUUGAGAAUUCCUCCCUCUGUUACACCCAGAGGAAGUGCACUCAAAAAGGGUGUUCCCCCAGGUCCCAUCAGGGAGAUGCUUCCCCCUACCAAAAAGCCGAAACUGAAGAAGGCCAGGAAGGCAAUAAAGGGUGUUUCCGCAUCUGUCAAACGCCUGAAGAAAUUAAAAUCUCGUUCUGCAUGAUUUCCUUGAUGUUGUUAUGGGAGGAUGUUUUCAUGACUUGUUUGUCAUACCUUUUUUCAGUUAUUAUUGUGAAAUUCUUCAAAGUUUAUCUUGAUAAUUGAUUUCUGCACCAAGUGAAAAGCAAAUUGACUUGUAGCUAAGAGACCAUGCCCUCAAGGUUGCGAUGUUGAUUAAUAUGUGGUUCAUCCACUUUUCAAUGUCAUGUCUUGGUAGCAUAUAUUUUUUGUUUUAAUGAAAUGAAUUUUAAAUGCUUGGUGAUGACCUAUUUUCUGUGGCUGAAAAAUGAUAAUCCAAAGGAUGUGAUUUUUGAAUGCUUUCAAUGAAAAACUUGUCUCCAAAUUCCUGGCCUUUAAGCUGUGGGAUUAUCUUUAUGAUACGUAUUGAGACAUCACUUGAGGAGUAUGACAGCAUAAUUCAUUUUUCAAACUUUUUACAUUGUUGGCAUGAUUACCUUUACAGUGAUUUAAGAGAAUGGAUCUUGAAUUGUUGAGAAUUAUGCAUACUGGGUUAUUUUUCAAACUUGAGCUUUGUAAGCGCCAAUUUGUGAGAUUUUAAUAGCCAGUAAAGGAUUUGCCUUUCUUGCAUGAAGGCUUGUGAAUGAGUCUUGGAUUAUCAGUUGCUCUACUUGCUGGUAUUUAUGUUUAAGGUAGAUGGGAAAUUGAGAAUGAUGGUCCUUUGCUUUGCAUUGUGUUGGUGUUAUUUGAAUGAUACCCUGCUUCUGA